AUGGCCUCUGCCUCGACGUCCUCCGCGUCCCUCAUCGACGGCACCGCCAUCGCAAAGUCCAUCCGCGAUGGCGUCGCAGCCCGCAUCGCAGCCCUCAAGGCCACCCACCCGCGCUUCCAGCCCCAGCUCGCCAUCAUCCAGGCCGGCGCCCGCCCCGACUCCGCCGUCUACGUCCGCAUGAAGAUCCGCGCCGCGGAGGAGGUCGGCAUCGCCUUUAACCACAUCGCACUCCCCGCCGAAGCCCGCGUCGAGGACAUCGUCGACGUCGUCCGGAAACUCAACGACGACGACGCAGUCAGCGGCAUCCUCGUUCAGCUCCCGCUCGGCCCACACGUCGGCCCCGACGGCGAGCGCACCGUCACAGAGGCAGUCAGCCCGCACAAGGACGUCGAUGGCUUCCAUGCAUACAAUAUCGGACACCUGUCGUCCCGUGCUUCUGUGCCUCUCUUCACCCCGUGCACUCCGGCUGGCGUCAUCCGUCUCUUGGAAUCCACUGGCAUCACCAUCUCUGGCGCAAACGCUGUCGUCCUCGGCCGCAGCGACAUCGUCGGCAGCCCCGUCGCCGCCAUGCUCCGCAACAAGGACGCCACCGUCACCCAAUGUCACAGCCGUACAAAAAAUCUCCCGGAAAUCGUGAAAAACGCGGACAUCCUCGUCUCUGCCAUCGGCAAAGCCGAGUUUGUCCAGGGAUCGUGGAUCAAGCCGGGCGCCGUCGUCAUCGACGUCGGCACGAACUACGUCCCCGACGCGACCAAAAAGUCGGGCCAGCGCCUCGUCGGCGACGUUCACUUUGCCUCCGCCUCCGCCGUCGCCUCGCACAUCACUCCCGUCCCCGGCGGCGUCGGCCCCAUGACCGUCGCCCAGCUCAUGGCCAACACCCUCCAGUCCGCCGAGCGCCUCUGGGAACAGUCGCGCGCGCGCAAGGUCAAGCCCCUCAAGCUCACCCUCCUGGAGAAGGUCCCGAGCGACAUCGAGAUCGCGAUGGCCCAGACCCCGAAGCCCGUCGCGCAGCUCGCCCGGGAGAUCGGCCUCGUGCCCGACGAGCUCGAGAGCUACGGCAAGUACAAGGCCAAGGUCGACCUGAGCGUCCUCGAGCGCUUGGACCACAGGAAGGACGGCAAGUACGUCGUCAUCGCCGGCAUCACGCCGACCCCGCUCGGGGAGGGCAAGUCAACGACGACGAUCGGCCUCGCGCAGGCCCUCGGCGCGCACCUCGGGCGCCCUGCGUUCGCGUGCGUGCGCCAGCCGAGUCAGGGUCCCACGUUUGGCAUCAAGGGCGGUGCUGCUGGAGGCGGAUACAGCCAGGUCAUUCCCAUGGACGAGUUCAACUUGCACCUGACCGGCGAUAUCCACGCCGUCACGGCCGCGAACAACUUGCUCGCGGCCGCGCUCGAUGCGCGUAUGUUCCACGAGGCGACCCAGUCCGACAAGGCAUUGUACAGCCGACUCGUUCCGACGAAAAAGGGCAAGCGCGAGUUCGCCCCCCUCAUGUUCAAGCGCCUGCAAAAGCUGGGCAUCGACAAGACCAACCCCAACGACCUCACCCCCGAGGAGAUCACCCGCUUUGCGCGCCUCGACGUCGACCCCGAGACGAUCACGUGGAACCGUGUCCUGGACACCAACGAUCGCUUCCUGCGCAAGAUCACCGUCGGCCAGGCGCCCACCGAGCAGGGCCACGAGCGCGUCACCGGCUUUGACAUCGCGGUCGCCAGCGAGUGCAUGGCGGUGCUGGCGCUGACCACCGGUCUCCAGGACAUGCGCGAGCGCCUCGGCGCGAUGGUUGUCGCGACCAGCAAACAAGGCGACCCGAUCACGGCGGACGACCUCGGCGUCGGGGGCGCGCUCGCCGUGCUCAUGAAGGACGCGGUCAAGCCGAACCUGAUGCAGACGCUCGAGGGCACGCCCGUCUUCGUGCACGCGGGGCCGUUCGCGAACAUCGCGCACGGCAACUCGUCGAUCCUCGCCGACCGCGUCGCGCUCAAGCUCGCGGGCACGGAGGCGGGCGACGCGCCAGACCGCGUCGGGUACGUGCUUACCGAGGGCGGGUUCGGCGCGGACAUGGGCAUGGAGAAGUUCUGCAACAUCAAGUGCAGGGUCAGCGGGCUCACGCCCGACGCGACCGUCAUCGUCGCGACUACCCGCGCGCUCAAAAUGCACGGCGGCGGGCCCGACGUGUCGCCCGGGAAGCCGCUCGCGGACACGUACACCAAGGAAGACCUCGUCACGCUCAAGGAGGGCACGCGGAACCUCGUCAAGCACAUCCAGAACUCGAAGAAGUUCGGCCUCAAGGUGCUCGUCGCCGUCAACCAGUUCGCAUCGGACACGCCCGCGGAGCUCGAGCUGGUCCGCCAAGAGGCGCUGGCGGGCGGCGCCGACGCCGCCGUCGUCAGCAACCACUGGGCCGAGGGCGGCGCCGGCGCGCUCGCGCUGGCCGAGGCCCUCGUCGCCGUCUGCGAGGGCGACUCGGGCUUCAAGGUCCUCUACGACCUCGAGCAGCCCAUCGAAAAGAAGAUCGAGAUCAUCUCAAAGGAGAUCUACGGCGCCGACGGCAUCGAGCUCAGCGAGCUCGCCAAAAAGCAGAUCGAGACCUACACCCGUCAGGGCUACGCGAACCUGCCCAUCUGCAUGGCCAAGACGCAGUACUCGUUCUCGCACGACCCGAAGCUCAAAAACGUGCCCUCUGGGUUCACGAUCCCCAUCCGCUCCGUGAGGCUGUCCGCAGGCGCUGGCUUCCUGUACCCGCUCCUGGGCGACAUGCAGACCAUGCCCGGCCUCGGCACGCGUCCCGGCUUCUGGGAAGUCGGGCUCGAUCCCGAGAGCGGACGCGUCGUCGGGCUGUUCUAG